AUGUCCCACCCCGGCGGGCAGCCUGAGGGGAGGAGGGGGAAGGUGGAUGCUGGCCGAGAGCGCUGGCGGGAGGGAGAUCUGAGGCAGGCAGGCAGGCCUGGAAGGGGGACGAAGGACUUGUGGAAGUCUUUCAUGAAACAUGAUUUUAAGCCAGCAUCAAUUGAUACAUCUUGUGAGGGGGACCUCCAAGUGGGUAAAGGAGAUGACGUAACAAUCACUUUGCCGCAUAUUCCAGGUUCAACUCCACCAAUGACUGUGUUUAAAGGAAAUAAAAGGCCAUAUCAGAAGGACUGUGUGCUUAUUAUCAAUCAUGACACUGGGGAAUAUGUGCUGGAAAAACUUAGUAGCAGCAUUCAAGUCAAGAAAACAAGAGCAGAGGGCAGCAGUAAGAUCCAAGCCCGAAUAGAACAACAGUCUGCCCGAGCAUCUCAGCCUCCUUCACAGUUCAGAGCCCCAGCCAAGCCAGCAGUUGGACCUAAAACUUCUCCUUUGAAAGAUAAUCCUUCACCUGAGCCUCAGCUGGAUGACAUUAAGAGAGAGCUGAGAGCAGAGGUUGAAAUUAUUGAGCAGAUGAGCAGCAGCAGUGGAAGCAGCUCAUCGGAUUCAGAAAGCUCAUCUGGGAGUGAAGAUGAAAGCUCCAGCAGUGAGGGGGAAGAGCCAGCACAUGUUUCGCCUUCCCAGCCACCGCACCAGCAGUAUAACAACAGGAAUGCUGUUGCUAACGGCACCAGCAGGCCACAAGGAAGCAAUCAUCUCAUGAACACGCUCCGAAACGACUUGCAGUUGAGUGAGUCUGGGAGCGACAGUGAUGACUAGAGGCUGAGCUUUUGCAGUUUCUGUUACAUAUACACGAAGAACUAAUUUACCUUGAAGUGAUCCUAUUGCUUACGAAGAGCAGCUGGCACAGAGAUAGCUCCAUGUGUGGAAUUUUAAUAGAAGAAAUGCAUAGCCCUACAAAAUAUGAGAUGUUGAGGGCUGUUUUACUUUGUGAAUUAAGUGUAUAUUUUGUGUAUAUUCUUCUUCUUUUAAAGCUUUAAAUAGAUAUGUACAGUGGGUAAGCCAAUAUAUGUUCCUAUGUUCCUGUCUAUCAUCUGUAAGUUUAAUGUGUAAUUUUAUGAUGUCAUCUAAAAAUUUCUUGUUUGUAGAAGAUAUUCAGCCCAUCAUGACUUUGCAGGGGGGGACUUCUGUAUAUAGGGUGAGCAUGAGCCAAUGAGUUUAAAAAACGUGCAGGAGCUAGUUUUGCACUGAAGUGGGACUGUUGUAAUUUAAGUUUCAAUACUAAGUUGAUUUCUUUGGUUUGGGACUUUUCUAACGUCUUUUUAUUGCUAUUUAUGGUUGAUCUAAUAGAUUUUUAAACAG